ACAAAACAAACACUUCAACAUCCGACAAACACGUCUGUGAAAAACAAAAACUCUACACAAUGCCGCCAAAGAGAAAAUCACUUGAGGCGCCGGACAACACAGGCAAGAAGGCCAAACUCGAAGAUGAUUUGGCCGAAUUCUGCCGUGCCACGGUGGAAUUUAUCACUGACUACACGCCGGAGGGCAGCGAAGAGAACAUUGCCACGGACUUUUUGAAGCUCCCAUCGCGCAAGGUGUACCCGGAGUACUACGACAUUAUCGAGCAGCCAAUCUCGCUCCACGAAAUAGCUAAAAAAGUGAGCAAGGGCGAGUACCGUUCGGUUGACGACUUCUUGCAAGAUUUCAAGUUGUUGUCCUCCAACUGCGACACUUUCAACGACCCGUCUGCGGCGAUCGCACAGGAUGCGCAGGAGAUCUACAGACUUGUGGCGGAAAAGGUUGCGCAGUUCCAGGAAGCCAGGGUCGAAGCGGCCCCGAAGACUCCAAAACUUAUCUUGAAGCAGAAGGUAAAGGAGGAAGCCGUGCUAAUCACCAAAUCGACGUUCGUGAAUGCAAUAACCAAGGUUGUGGAUGAUUUAAUCGGGCUCCGGGUGCCGAAAAGAGGCAUCAUCUCGGAUGCGUUUUUGGAUGUGCCGUCGAAAGAGGCAUACCCCGAUUACCACAGCGUGAUCGCGCAGCCACGCGCAUUUAACUAUGUGCGCGCGAAGAUCGCAGCGGACGAGUACACGAGUCUCCGCGCGUUUGAGGAGGACUUGGAAUUGAUGUGGCAGAAUGCCAAGAGCUACAAUGCGGACGACAGCAUCAUUUUCCGCGAUGCGGGGAUUUUGGAGCGUUCGUGCAACAAGAAACUCGAGAAGUUGAAGCGCGACUUUGACCCCGAAAAGAACUACUUGGAGGUUGCGGACGAGGAGGAGAAGGUUGGCUUGAAGUUAAAGAUUGCCAUGAAGCCCGAGGCGACGCCGGCCAAGCGUGGUAGACCCAGAAAGGAUGGCACAGUGAAGCUGGAGGGCGAGACCGAGGUGCCAGAGGAGCUCAAGGAAGAGCCAGAACCUGAGCCUGAGGUGGAGGAGCCCGAGCCAGUCAGCCCAUUCCCCCCUGGGUUUGCCCUCCGCAGCGACAAGCAGCCCCAGGUCAAGGAAGCCUUCAUUCAGGAGCUCUCUGUGGCGUCAUCCAAGGUGGCGCGUAUGCAAUUGCUUCAGCCCAACGUGCCCGUGGUUGGUGCGUUAAAUGACUACUUCGAGUUCCGCUUCACCGCCAGUGCGGCCAAGACCAGCAACUACUCGUUCUCGCUUCCGGAAAACGCGUCAUCCAUCUCCAUCGUAGCCACACUCAAUAGCUCACUCGCGAAGCGUGAAUACACGCACGUGCUCUUGGUGAACAAUGAGAAGGUGGUGCCGUCACCGUCAGCCCACUAUGCGGACGAGGACGACAAGGCGUUGAGUUCGCGCUUUGAACUCAAAUUGGCCUUGGGGUUGAACCAGGUCCAGUUUUGCGUGCAAGCACUGCCCGUUGUGGCUGUCGACCUGAAUGGUAAAUUGCCGAGUCGCACUACCAUCAGCAAUUUGCUGCCGGAGAUCGAACGUAAGACGUUAUGGGUGAGCGUGUCCCAUUAAGCGACUGGAGGUGAGGUAAUGAUGGGGACUUGUGUGUUCGAGUGCCAUCGAGCUUGAAUAAUUAAUACUUCUAGAAAAAGUUAUUGUAAAUGUGAUUAAGGCUAGUGGGAGUG